GGCUCACGCCCAUGACUGUUCUGAAAACGUCUAGCCAGGUUGGGUGUAACGGAGAAUCCUGCACCGCAGCCACUUUCACCCCACUUGCAAUAUCCAUAUCAGCGCUUCCAACCUCAUGAUCCGCCCCAUAUCACCACCAACAACAGCGAGCUCUGGCUCGCUGUCAUCUUCGAAACGAGGGCCGCGCGACUACGGCCCUGCACCUACUCGCUCGGCGUCGCGUAUGACGACGAGGACAGUCAAGGAGGCGGACGAUCACUAUGCCGAUAGGGCCGCGCCGGCCGUUGAAUCAGCACACGCGAAUGAGCCUUCCCGGCGGAUGUCUAUGCGGAGAUCGGAAUCGCAAAUUCCACUGCCAGUCGAUAAUGAAGCAGAUGAUGUGAACGAGCCGACGAGCGGGGUAUAUGCCAAGGGGGCGGAUGCUGGGGCGGGAGAGGGCUCGGGCGAGAAGGUCAUCCAAAUGUUAUGCGACUUUGAGAGCGGAUUCCAUCUUCUGUUAGAUCGCAUCAAGCAAGAUAUGCAUAGCACAAAGGAAGCCGUAACUUUCCUCCGAAAACGCGCAACCAUCGAAGAAGAGUACGGCAAAGCAAUGCUGCGUCUAGGACAGAGUGGGUUGAGCACAACGGGGAAGGCGGAGGGAAAGGAAGGCACCUAUGGGACUUCUUGGGCUCAGUUUACGAAAGUUCACGAGCAAGUGGGGGAUAUACGUGUGAAAUUCGCUGCCACGAUUACAGAGCUGGCUGAGGAGUUGAGUACGCUGCAUAAAAACACUGAGCGGAGUCGGAAGCAGCUCAAAGAGGCCGGGCAUAAACAUUCCAAAACCGUUCAAGAAGCCGAAGCUGCUCUGGAGAAGUCCAAAACACGAUAUGAGCAAACAUCGGAGGAAUGGGAACGCUCAAUCUUGCAAAGAGAGCAGCAAGCGGAACGCGACGGGUUCGCGCGAUAUGGGGCGAUCCUAGGGGGCGGGAGUGGAAGUGGAAUGACGAUGCCCAAGAGCAUGUCUUCAAGGAGCGGCCUAUCAACGAAGGGCAUAUCGGGUACGAUGAGUCGAUGGAAGGGUGUCACGCCCGCAAAGCUGCAAAAGGCCGAAGACGACGCCCGAACCAAAGCAGCAGUGGCAAACUCGACCUACAAGCAUCAGCUCGCCCAAACCAACCUCAUCCGAACCACCUACUUUCAAACCCACCUACCCCGCUUCAUCCGCCUGCUGAAAGCCACAAACGACGAAUGCGACCAAGGGUUGCAAUAUCAUUUGCUGGGAUAUACCCAAGCCCUGGAGGCUGCUCUGAUGAAAGAGGCGACGACGAUGAGUCCGAUUGACGGGUCGGCGGUUGGCGUUUUGAAGAUUAUAGAGGGGAUAGAUAAUGAUCGGGACUUUGAGGAGUUCGCUGAGGCGUAUGUUCGGGAGAAUCCGGGGGGUGGGAACAGCGUGAAGAGUGAGGACAUACCAUUUGCUGGGAGUCGAGCUGACCCAGCUGCGGCACAUAAUCUCAAGCCUUCUUUCGGCGUGGACUUGCAAACAUUGAUGGAGCGUGAUAGCACCCCCGUUCCGCAUGUUGUGACACAAUGCAUAGGCUUCGUUGAGCGGCACGGUAUGCGUACGCAGGGUGUCUACCGGGUGUCUGGGCUCACACAGCAAGUGCAGAGAAUCAGGGCUGUCCUUGAUCGAGAUGCCGAAAAUGUGAACCUCGAGGAGCACGCAAACGAGAUUCACGCCGUUUGCGGUGUAUUCAAACUGUACUUCCGGGAGCUGCCAGAUCCCUUGUUCCCCAGAUCCAUGUACACAUCACUGCUUGAUGCUGCUCGCAUCGAAGAUGAGAGAUUACGUCUCAUAACCAUCCACGAGCUCAUCAACCAACUACACGAUUCCAACUAUGCUACUCUUCAGGUUCUAGCUGGGCAUCUGUACAGGGUCGCCCAAAAUGAAUCUGAAACACGCAUGUCAGCCACAAACCUCUCCAUCGUAUGGGGCCCCACCCUUCUUGACUCCCCAGACUUUUCGGCAAUAUCUGCCGACCCGUCAUCGUCCACCUCACCACCCAUGCCCGACCCAAUGGAUAUCAAGCUGCAGACGAGGAUUGUAGAGACCGUUAUUGCGAACUUCUUGCAUAUCUUUGACACGAGCGAGGAGUGAAGGAAUGGAGAGUGAUUUUGUGGGAUGAUUUUGUAUAAUAUGGCUGGAGACGGAUCGAAGCUCCUUCCGGCUUAAGGAUGCAUCAGCGCAUUCGCUUCAUGCCUAGAGACCAUGUGAUAGGCAUCAUCGGCGCUCGAGAGGUUUUUACGUGACCCCCUCGGACUUAUCCCGUGUCCAUAAUUCUUGGCGAUGAGUACAUACAUACACCUAAUGAGCC